ACGUCUCCGUAGUAACCUGCCCGGCCCUGCUGCCGCUGUGAGAGCCGGAGAGUUUAAGGCAGUUGGGGGUUUUGGUAUCGGUGACAGAAAUCCGAGUCCAUCGGCGGGUUUAAACGGACUGGACACCGGGUUACUGAGGCGGAGAGCCCCCCUUAGAGAGCCGAGAUGCUGAAUAUGUGGAAAGUCAGGGAGUUGGUGGAUAAAGCCACCAACGUGGUGAUGAAUUAUUCAGAGAUCGAAUCGAAGGUUCGAGAAGCUACCAACGAUGAUCCCUGGGGACCAUCUGGGCAGCUGAUGGGGGAGAUAGCCAGAUCCACCUUCAUGUAUGAACAGUUCCCUGAAGUGAUGAACAUGUUGUGGACCCGCAUGUUGAAAGACAACAAGAAGAACUGGAGAAGAGUGUACAAGUCCUUACUGCUGCUGGCAUACCUCAUAAGAAACGGGUCAGAGCGAGUCGUGACGAGCGCCCGAGAACACAUCUAUGAUCUGCGGUCGCUGGAAAAUUACCAUUUUGUAGACGAGAACGGGAAAGAUCAGGGCAUCAAUGUGCGACAGAAGGUAAAAGAGAUGGUGGAGUUUGUGCAGGACGACGACAGGCUCCGGGAAGAGAGGAAGAAGGCAAAGAAGAACAAGGACAAAUAUAUCGGGGUCUCCUCUGACAGUUUGGGCGGGUUUAGAUACACGGGAGACCGGUAUGACUCCGAGCCCAAGUCGAAGUGGGAUGAGGACUGGGACAAAAACAAGGGCGUGUUCCCCUUCAGCGAAAAGCUGGGCGAAAUCAGCGACAAGAUCGGCAGUACGAUCGACGACACCAUCAGCAAAUUCCGCAAGAAAGACCGGGACGACUCUCCGGAGAGAUUCAGUGACAACGAGGACGACAGGGCGUCCCGAAACGGGCGGCCUGGGAAGCCGGAGUUCAAGGACGAGGAGGAAACGGUCACGACCAAGAGCAUUCACAUCACGCAGGCCAUGGAGACCACCACCACGCGGAAACGAGGCGGGGUCCCCUCCAAGACGGUGGACCUGGGGGCGGCUGCGCACUAUACGGGGGACAAGCCCAGUCCAGACAUGGCGGUGCAGAGCGCUAACAAGUCUCAAGCUGCAGGCUCAGCUGCCACCCAGCCCCCCAGCGCUGGCUUGGUUGACUUCUUAAUGGUGGACACGGCCGUGCCAUCCAGUCAGCCACAUCCCGCAGGUGGAAACACAGACCUUAUCGGAGGGUUCGCUGAUUUCUCGUCACGAGCAGCUUCUGCUAGUUUUCCUUCAGGAACCGCAACCAGUGGGAAUGGCGAGUUCGGGGACUGGAACGCCUUUGCCCCCGGCCAGCCAGUAUCUGCCCCCCAGCCCCUGAGCUCCACGGGUGGGGAUCUUUUUGCCAGCAUGCAGUCCCCACCCACACCGGUGCCCUCCACCCCAUCCAAUGACCUCUUUGACCUUAUGGGCUCCUCUCAAGCCACCAUGACCUCCUCUCAAAGCAUGAACUUUGCCAUGUCCAGCACGCAGACCGUGGGCGCCAGCACAAACCUCCCCAUGUCCAGAUCACAGCCCUUGCAGAACCUAACUGGGCCUCUGCAGAAACCUGUCCCAGUCCCAAUCCAGCAGAUGCAGGGGGCUCAGAAGCCAGGAGCCAAGGCCUCCCUGCCUUCCACAUGGUCGGACCCCAGCGUCAACAUCAGCCUGGACUUCCUGUGUCCGGGCAUGCAGCCCCCCAAGCCCUCCCAGCCAUCCCUGAACACCAUGAUGCAGCAGCAGGGUGUGCAGCCGCCCAUGAACAUGGUUGCCCAGAGCUUUGCGGGCAUGAACCUCAAUAUGCAGCCCUCGGCGCUGCCCGGCAGGCCGCCCUCAACCCCUGUGAUGCCAGGACCAGGCAUGGCUGUGGGCAUGGGCCCUGUGGGCGUGGCUCCGGGCCCCGUAGGUACAGUCAAUCAGGGAAUGAUGAAUAUGAACAUGGGAAUGCCCCUGGCAGGAAUGGGGGUGCCAGGCUCCAUGGGAAUGGGCAUGCCAGCAGUGGGCAUGGCAGCUGGCAUGACUCCGGCCAUGGUGCAGCCCAAGCAAGAUGCCUUUGCAAAUUUUGCCAACUUCGGCAAAUGAAAAAAAAAAGGUCUGCGCAGAUGAGCAGUUUUCUGAAUAUACAGUGAUGAAGGAAUAUAAGAGCUGCACACAAAGAGUACUUGAAAAAUAUCAAAUGCCGUCACCCGUCUUUUCCUUUUUUGUAUCUUUAAAUUGGUUAUAACCAAGGACCCGUUUGGUUUUUUUGAAAUAUAUGGAGGCUAAUUUUGUAUAGGGGCAAAAAUGCGUAUAUGAUCAUAUACUGGUACAUUACUUUACAAUGCAGUCUCUGCUAAGUCAUCCCAUUGGCAGCAAGUAGUUUGAUUCAUGUGAAAGCCAGGGGGAAGACAGCUUUACUCUCCUGACAAAAACACAUAGCAGAGGUCCAGGAGAACUGAGAAGUCAAGUAAUUUUGAUUUUGUUUUCUUUCCUUUUAUCCUUUUGUUUCCUGUCCCCACCCUCCUUUUUUUAACCUGUGAAAUGUCAUUCCAUAUAUAACCUCGCAUUGUCCAUCGGUCAGACAGUGAAUCAAAGAAUUAUGAUGGUCAACUUUGUAAAUAUUUCUUUGGUUGUGAAAACGAAUAAAUUAUUGCAUUGCUGAAGAAUUAUUGAAAACGUAUCAAGAUCCAGAUGGCAGACUUAACAAACAAAAAACCUUAGUAUCUUUAAUGAUAUUGUCACCAGAGACAGUCUUUUAACAUGGGCAAACGUUUUUUCUGCUAGUUUACCAUGCUUAAUCCUAAUGAUCUUUGUACUUUAUACAGUUAUCCUGCAUUCUAAAAGUGGGCUGUUAAUAUGAGAAAAAAAAGGAAUAACUGAAAGGCUGUUUUAACUACAGGGAUUCUCUGUGGCCUUUCUGAUGGGUUUAUUUUUUUAAAGUAUGAUCAGAUUUUUUCAUCCAAAUAACAAAUAACUGUAGUUUUAGAAGAAGCAGUAUCCCCACGCCGGGUUAUUGGUCUUUACUUUAAUACGGGGGAACUGAGGGCCAGUCAGUUGCCUUUACAUUGCCGAAAACGACCUCAUCAAGGAAAGGCAACAUUCAGUAUUUAUCACCGGCCAUAAUUGACAUCCACAAAGUAUAUAUGUACAAAAAUAUUUUUAUUCCACACCCCAGAUCCUCAUUCAGUUUACUAGGUUACGUUUGGGUGGGUUUUUUUAACAUGAAUUAUGCAAGUCUUUGUAACCGAAGAAGGAAGUGUGUGAUUUCUGGCUGUCCGGACAGAGUGAGCCCAGGGGUGGUGGAGGUUGUCAGUAAGGGAGCCGUGCACAAGCACAGCUGGACACCCAGGGCACAGGGUGGGGGCACAGGAAGCUUAGCUGUGUGACAGAGACCUGUCGGGCCAUGGGCUGUGUGAAAUCAGACCUACACUGAUGGGCAAAGAAGGUUGCACGUUGUUUGGUUUUUGUUCAGAGUGUAUAAAAGCUUGUGUGUCGUGUGAGCAGAGGCAUUUUCAAACGCUGUUGUGUACAUGGCCACAGACAGACCAGCCUUCCGUCAGUUUCCAAGGCAUUAUACAUUAAUAAAUGACCAAAUGUUUAUUUUUUUUAAUAUGAUUAUUCAAGAGGGGCUAGUUAUUUUUUUAAAAUAUUUUCAAUCACGAUAGUUCUGUAACGUUUAAAAUCUGUGGUGUGUGCUUUUAGGGGUGGGAGCGUUACUAAAAAUAAAACACUAUUAGUUAUGCAAAUGUAAAAGGAAACGAGAGCCUCCUCUUUCUUAAACAAUGGAAAUUUCUUUUCAAUCCAUUACAAGUCUGUUUUGAUUGUAAUCAUAAUGAUCUUUUAUGUAUAACAUUAAACAGUUAAUUAAAACAUG